GUUUGUGAGCUGCUCUGGACAAGUCCCAAUAAUUUUGUCUAAUUGUACAUUGUAAAAAAAUUGCCCCAAGAUGCAUAUUUUGUUAGUGUUCGGUUCAAUUUUGAUCACAUUCCAGGGCGUUCAAUCGCAAGAGGUCGGAACUGUUUGCAAAGAUCAACGUUUGUUCUACUGCUAUAACUCCACACACUUCCAACUUUGCACUGUUAAUAAUUUUAACGUAGCUGAAACAUUCCAAACGGUAACCUAUCCAUGUCCAAAUGGUACACGUUGUGAUAACGCCGACCGCUACGAAUGCAGCGUUCAAGACACUUUCGAAGGUAUAGUCGCAUAUGCAAUCGAUGCCCCCGAUUCCAACAACACAGCGACGCCAAAGUUCACCUGCACCGAGGAGGGCCUCUUCGCGGACAAAACCGAUUGCCGCAGCUUCUUCGCCUGUGUAAAACAGGGCGACGGGUUCACCGUGACACACAACGGUUGCCGCUAUGGUGCAGCUUUCGAUCCGGCAUUGCAACGGUGCACCAAUGAUCAGACCGCCUGCUAUACGGACUUCAAGUGUACGGAACCUGGAAAAUUCGCGGAUCCUGCGAAUCCAAGUUACUACUAUUGGUGUCUGUCGGACGGCGUCGGGUAUACAAUUUAUCACAUGGAAUGUGAAAACGGUCAGAAGUUUGACGUCACAUUGGAGGAUUGCAAAUGAUUCCCGGAAUAUUGACUUGUAGAAAAAUUGAGCAUCCAUACUAGGUAAUUUGUUAUCCUACAAAUUGCAAGUGUGCGAAUAAAUAAAUAGAACAAUUUAUAAAUUCG